ACAGGCAGCAAGAAAGCGUAAGAUUGCCAUUCGAAAAGCCCAGGGGAAAAAUCUUGAGGCCAUCCGAGAGCUGAAUGAGUAUCUGGAACAAUUUGUUGGAGACCAAGAAGCUUGGCACGAACUUGCAGAACUUUACAUCAAUGAACAUGACUAUGCAAAGGCAGCCUUCUGCUUAGAGGAGCUUAUGAUGACUAAUCCACACAACCACUUAUACUGUCAGCAAUAUGCUGAAGUUAAAUACACUCAAGGGGGGCUUGAAAACCUUGAGCUAUCAAGAAAGUAUUUUGCACAAGCACUGAAGCUUAACAACAGAAAUAUGAGAGCUCUGUUUGGACUUUACAUGUCUGCCAGCCAUAUUGCUUCCAAUCCAAAAGCAAGUGCAAAAAUGAAAAAAGAUAAUAUGAAAUACGCCAGCUGGGCCGCUAACCAAAUAAAUAGAGCAUACCAGUUUGCAGGUCGCAGUAAGAAAGAAACGAAAUACUCUUUGAAGGCAGUGGAAGACAUGUUGGAGACCCUGCAAAUCACUCAAUCUUAGGUUGGCAUAGAGAUCCAAUAUUAAAUUUUCCAGCUCCAUGAUGAACCUGUAAUGACCAAUCAGUUACAUUACUGCAGUGCUGUUAAAAGUUAAUUUUGUAUUGAUUAACCUGCUGUCUAAUGUUUUACCAAAAGUAAAAUGCCUAUUUAUUACUGCUAUGAGAAAUGGGAUGAAUACCCACUGAAAUGAAUAACUUAACCUCAAAGACAAAGAAAUGACGUGCUGCAUCAGUCUCUUAGAUUUUUGUAUCUACAGUACCUGCUUUUAAGCCAUAAUUUGUAAAAAUAAACUUGUUAAAUGAUUAAAAAAA